CAAUUAUUGCACCAACCAGUUUUUGUUCGUUAAAGCGACAAUGGCAAAUGACAACUCUAUAAAAUUCCCCAAAGCCAAAACAUUUCAUUGAUUUUUAAGGCGAAAAAAAGAGGAAAAGGAAAACGAAGAAAAUGGCGUCCCUCUCUGCCCAAAUCCCUCUCUGCUUGGCCUUAAUGAUGGCUGCCUGUUUGAUGAUAGGCAUCAAUGGAAGCAUAGAUGGAGCUCAGAGGGAGUUCGAUUACUUUGCUUUGUCUCUUCAAUGGCCCGGCACCAUCUGCCACAAGACUCGCCAUUGCUGCUCCUCCAAUGCCUGCUGCCGAGGCUCGAACUCUCCAACUGAAUUUACCAUUCAUGGAUUGUGGCCGGAUUAUAAUGAUGGAACCUGGCCUUCCUGUUGUUACCGAUCUCAGUUUGAUGUCAAAGAGAUUUCAACAUUGCUUGAUGCACUUGAGAAGCACUGGCCAUCGUUAUAUUGUGGCAAAUCAUCAACCUGCUUCAGUGGAAAAGGGUUAUUUUGGGCUCAUGAGUGGGAGAAGCAUGGAACUUGCUCAUCUCCGGUUAUUCGAGAUGAAUACAGCUACUUUAUAACAACCCUCAAUGUUUACUUCAAAUAUAACGUCACAAAAAUACUGAAUGAAGCUGGAUAUGUUCCUUCUAAUAGUGAAAGGUAUCCUCUUGGAGGCAUUGUCUCUGCCAUUGAGAAUUCUUUCCGGGCAACACCAGAAGUGAUUUGCUCAAAAGAAGCCGUGGAGGAAAUUCGCAUAUGCUUCUUUAAGGAUUUCAAGCCUCGGAACUGUUUGGCUUCAAAGACCUCAUGUCCCAAGUACGUGAGCUUGCCAGCCUAUGUGUCGAUGGGAAGGGAAGCAUCGGAAUCUGAGAUAGCAUGGAUAUCUGAUGAUGAAGCUCUGUAAGGUCAGCACUGAAGUUUCUGUAUGUAAAAGAAUUUAAUAUAUAGUUCAAAUCUUAUGCUGCAUUUUACGUGGCUGUAUCAGGGUUCCUCCAUCAAACUCUUCAUCUUGUUUCAUUUAAUCAUCAAAACUGUUGUCUUAUAUCAUCUGAGCCUCUUUUACAUAAUCAAGUUGUAAACUUGAUAUGCUUUGUAUGGUUAA